GAAGGCUUAAGAUGUACAACAAUAUCCGCCCAAACUGGAAGGGUAAUGAGAUCGAAUUCUCUCCAUUCUGUGCUACAAGGCACAGCCAGAUCAAAAGACGGAGUCACCGGUAGUUUUGGUUUUGUAAAAUAUAGACCAACCAUUUUAUCAUUAAAAAUUUUCACAAAUUUCAAAAAGUCUUCACAAUUCAACUAGUUAUUAGAUGGAAAAAAAUUAAUUUACCGUGAAAAUGUAUUGGUGCCGAGGCCUUCACGGUUUAUAUUGACUUACUACAUGUUAACCUUUUAUAGUCACCUCAUAGAUAGAUUAUUAAAACAGUCAAAAAGAUGAAGCUUUUAGAUGCCACGCUUUUAUUUUCCGACAUUAAACCGGAAGUCAGACUCACUCGAUCGCGUCCAACAUGGCGACUCCCAUGCACAGACUGAUCGCUCGGAGACAAGCGGAGGCAAACAAACAGCAUGUGCGCUGUCAGAAGUGUCUGGAACACGGACACUGGUCCUAUGAGUGCACUGGGAAGAGAAAGUAUCUUUAUAGACCUUCUAGGACAGCCGAGCUGAAAAAGAGACUCAAAGACAAGGAGAACAAUCCUUCGGAUGAUGUGGGAGCUGGAAUAAUGGCACGCAGUGAGAAAAAACCUAAGAAAAAGAGGUCCUCCUCCAGUUCCAGCAGCGGCAGCAGUGAUUCGUCCAGCUCUUCCAGUGACUCUUCCUCAGACAGCAGCGACUCAUCCAGCUCCUCAUCCUCGUCUGAAGACAGUAGCAGUGACAGCGACGACAGCUCCAGCUCUUCCUCCUCCUCCUCGUCUUCCUCCGCUUCUGACUCUGAUUCCUCCAGCAGUUCUGAUCAGGGCCCUCCAAAGAAGAGAAAGAAGAAGAAAUGAGGGUCCAGUUCAUCUGAUUCGAGUCCAGAACUUGUGUCAUAUACAUUGAUGGAAUUGACUGUCACUUUGCUAUUGAAUAUGUGAGAGUAGGAUGGGAAGUCAUGUAUAAAAAGAUUGAGACAUAUGUAUGUAUAUUCUCAUUGUUUUGUAGAAUGUGAAAAUCAAACACUUCAGAUUUGCUUAUUUACAACUUUGUUUUCUCUCCAUGGCAGAGUGUAGUGGUGUCUCAAACAUGAUUUAUUCGUUCAUACCAACAUCAGUUGAUUUAUUUCACAGCUUUCUGACCAUUUUUUAUUUUAAUUUUUUUUUAAGAACUGACCAUGAAGUAGGAAUUGUGGCAUAUGUACAGGCUGAAGCGCAUUAACAUUGUCUUCAUUUUAAGAUGGUCUUAUGAAAUAAACUGAUUUCUUACACAAAGAAAUGCAAGUAAAUGUGAAA